UCUUCUUCUCUCUCCCCCGCCUCCUCUCUGUCUCUCGCUCUCUUCAGUCCAUCCCAAUUGCUCAGCUCAGCAGCACUCCUCAGUCUACCCGUCCUGCGUUUCCCGGAGCUCCGCUUCCCGUGCCCCUCCGCUCUGGUUCGCCGCUCCGCUCUCCCCCCUUCCGCCGCAAAGGGGGGACACUCAUGGCGAGGCUAGUAAGUGGUUCUGGCAUCGCUGAUGGCCGUUAUGGGCCUCGUCCAGGGGGAGGCACAAUGCAAGGGGUAUGGCGGGCGGCCGCGGCCGCACAGCGUAACGAUCACCGAGUUUGGGGCCAUUGGUGACGGCGUGACCGUCAACACGGUACCCUUCCAGAACGCCAUCUUCUACCUGCGGUCUUUCGCCGACAAGGGUGGUGCGCAGCUCUAUGUUCCCAAGGGGCGGUGGCUCACCGGCAGCUUCAGCCUCACCAGUCACCUCACGCUAUUCUUGGAGAAGGACGCUGUUAUCGUCGGCACUAAGGAUGUUUCACAAUGGCCAAUUGUGGAACCUUUGCCAUCAUACGGGCAAGGAAUUGAUCUUCCAGGUCCAAGACAUCGCAGCUUAAUAAAUGGGCACAAUGUUACAGAUGUUGUAAUUACUGGGAACAACGGAAUCAUCGAUGGCCAGGGUUUGACAUGGUGGAACUGGUUUCGCUCAAAUAAGUUGAACUAUAGUCGCCCUCAUCUCGUGGAGUUUGAGGAUUCUAAAGAAAUUGUGGUUUCAAAUUUGACAUUCUUGAAUUCCCCAGCUUGGGCUAUACAUCCUGUGUAUUGCAGUAAUAUAACGGUUCGUAAUGUCACAAUUCAGACAUCAUUGGAUGCUCCACUCACUGAUGGAAUCGUUCCAGAUUCAUGCUCAAAUGUGUGCAUUGAGGACAGCAUAAUUAGCGUCGGUCAUGACGCCAUCUCAUUGAAAAGUGGGUGGGACAACUACGGCAUUACAUUUGGAAGGCCAACCUCAGGCAUUCACAUUAGUAGAGUGGAUCUGCAAGCCUCAUUGGGUGCUGCUAUUGCAUUUGGGAGUGAGAUGUCUGGUGGGAUCUUGGAUGUUCAUGUUGAUCACCUUCAUAUCCAUGGUUCAUCCAGAGGCAUCUCCUUCAAGACUGCACCAGGCCGUGGAGGUUAUAUAAGAGAUGCGACAGUAUCAGAUGUCCAGAUGGAGGAUGUCCAUGUUGCUAUUGAGUUUACCGGUGAUUGUUCAAGCCAUCCAGACGACCAUUUUGAUCCUUCUGCACUCCCAUUGAUCAGUGGAUUCACCUUACAAAACAUGGUUGGAACAAAUAUCUCAGUUGCAGGAGUUUUGUCGGGAAUUAGUGGUGACCCUUUCACCAAUAUUUGCCUCUCCAAUAUCAGUUUCGUCAUGGCCGAUGCAACACAUUCCGCCUUUUGGUCUUGCUCCGACAUUUCUGGAUACUCUGAGUCGGUAUUUCCCAAACCUUGCUCCGAUCUCCACAGUCAAUCAUCAAAUUCAUCCAUGUGCUCCUCCGUCCUUAGCUACCAUGCUCUUGCGGCAGCGUAAAUGCAUAGAGUACCCCAUUUUCAUUGCAUGUACAAUUCGGAGACAUCUAGGCUCUAGUUCCCAUCACUAUCUUUUUCCCCAACAUUCUUUCCCAAGAGGUACAUCAAAGAUUCAUCGCUCUCGUACAGUCAGCAUUGAGGCUCAUAAUACAAUUCUGUCUGCGUUCUUGAAGGACAACUCCGGCGGGGGUAUGGACUGCAAGGCGCUUUUUCUUGUACAGUUACAUUUCUUUAUUCAAUGUGUAAGAAAUUUUGUUCGGUAGGCUGUUGAGUUGCUUCAUACAAUUGUCUGUUUCAUUAUAUAAAAUAAACACAUCAUAUUUAGUGGCCCUGUACAUCCAAUCAUCUUGUGAGCAUCCAAUAGAACAUCAUCACAUGGUUAGCCUGGAAUGCACAGGCUGGCCUCUGUAGCCCCGCAUGCCCCUUGUCGUCCUUGUUGUCAAAUGAAUUGGUGUCAAUGGGGUUGUUAGGCUGA